AUAUUGACCAAUGAUAAACUCUGCCCUUUUAAACAACUACAGGCAAAGCAUAACAUACCAGAUUCGCUAUGCUUUAGUUACUUGCAAAUACAAUCAUGGCUACGCAAACAAAAGCCCCCACCAGCAUUAGAACCACUAACGCCGCCUCAGCAGGAGAGACAUUUAUCUAUCCUCGAGGCGCUAUGCACACAGGGAAAACCACCGUCCAAACCCGUGUCCUUUCUAUAUCAUGACAUAAUCCACAAAUUAAACUCGGCGAAGCCAAAAUUUACCCUAGUAUGGGAGUUAGACUUCCAGCAGGAGCUGGACGAACAACAAUGGUCCAAAAUAUUCAAGGCGAAUCGAAAACUAACUCUAUGCACAACACACAUUGAAGUGUCCAGGAAGGUAUUGUAUCAGUGGCAUCUGGUCCCCACCAGUCUACAACGCUUCAACCCCCACAAGUCAGACCUAUGUUGGCGAUGCCAAGCAUACCCCGGAAUGGUGUAUCAUGUAUGGUGGACUUGCGCAAAGAUUAUACCUUUCUGGACGCAAAUUUCGAACCUAAUAAGGGACAUUACACAAAUUGAUUUACCCAUGCAACCGGAAAGGUACCUACUACACCUUCUCCCAUUAGGCAUACCUAAAUCUGCACAGUAUUUGAUGUAUCACGUACUUAUAUCAGCCUUACAGGCCAUUAGUAAAAACUGGUUAUCCUCUCACCCCCUGACUUUGGCCUCCUGCAUCAAGGCCAUCGAAACUACCAGAAAAUACAAAAUUAUGGCUAGGAAAGCCGGCCCCCAGGCACACCUUGGGGAGACCGCCUGGAAUUCAUGGAAUAUAUUCUAUAGCAGAGUAGAAAAAG